AUGAAGAUCUUGUUCAUCUGCACCGCUUUCAAUUCGCUCGCACAGAGAACCGCUCUGGUGCUCAGACAGAAUGGCCAUGCCGUCACGGUCGAGUACGCACUCUCGCCAGAACUCAUGAUCGAGGCUGCCCAGCUGGCACAGCCCGACCUCAUCAUUUGCCCAUUUCUCACUAAACACGUCCCACCCAAAGUCUACACCACAUGGAUGACGCUCAUCGUUCACCCAGGCCCACCUGGCGACGCUGGUCCGUCAGCCAUCGACUGGUGCCUGAUCGGUGACAUGGGAGAGCUUCCGGACGCUGAUCAGCAGCUCGCGAUUAUCGAUGCUAAGCACAGUGCAAAAAACGCAAAGUCCACAAUGCGCACCCACUGGGGUGUCACUGUUCUGCAGGCCAUCGAGGCUUUUGAUGCUGGUCCCAUCUGGGCGUUUGACCAAUUCGAGCUUACAAAUUCCAACGCUACCAUGACCAAAAGCGACCUUUACCGUGGUCCCAUCACCCGCGCCGCUCUCAAUGCCGUGCUGGCUGCGGUGGAGCGAAUCCACCUCUGCGCAAAGCAACAUGCUCAACAGGCCGGUGCCGUCGCAUCUUAUUUGCCCAUCAGCGCAUCGCUCGCCGCACCUUCCCACUUUGCCACGCAGUGCGUCUCUCACAGUGUCCCUUUCCUCGGUGGUCGAACACACAACCGCCCCUUGCUGCGGGCUUCUCAGCGCGAUUUCUACGCGCUCUUGCCACAGGCCACCACUAGCACUCUAAAGCCACGUCUGUCCGCCGAUGCGAUCCUUCAGCGUGUCCGAAGUGCCGACUCUCAGCCCGGUCUGCUGUCAAGCUUGUUCGGAACGCCUCUGUUCCUUUACAACGCACAUGUUCAGCGCGAUCCUCUUCCGCCUGCUGUGGCUGCGAGACAAGCGGCACUCAACCAGGCCGGAACCGUGCUGGCGACGCGCGAGGGGGCUGUACUCAUCGACGUGGGGGCCGAUUUUCCUCUCUGGAUCGGCCAUCUCCGAAGGCCCAAAGCCAAGGCGGACAAGUAUAUGCAUCCCAAGCUACCGGCCGUCAUGGCACUUCUCUCAAUGCCCGAGACGGCGGCCAAGCUCAGCUUGUUGGACGCCAGCAAAGUUCCUGAAUGGAGUGCUACCACGGGAUAUGGCUCUGACCUCGCGCAGCCAUGGAAACGACGUCCCGGCACGUAUCAGCAAGUGUGGGUUGAAAUCGAGUCGAGCGCCAAGACCGGCUCGUUGAUUGCCUAUGUACACGCCGACUUUUACAACGGAGCAUUCUCCACUACCCAGUGCGAAAUCUUGCUCGAGGCGAUCCAAUGGGCGCUCAAGGUCCCUGGCCUAAAGGCGCUCGUCAUGCUCGGUGGUCCAGGCUACUUUUCCAACGGCAUCGCGCUCAACGUUAUCGAAGGUUCACAGGAUCCAUCCGCCGAAGGUUGGGCCAACAUCAAUGCCAUCGAUGACUGCGUCCAGGCGCUACUGGCACCCAAAGGUAUCGUCACUUUUGCGGCAAUGCGAGGCAACGCUGCUGCUGGUGGACUGGCGAUGGCCACGGCAGCCGACUUUGUCAUCUGUGCCGAGUCGGCGGUGCUCAAUCCUCACUACCGCGGACUUGGCCUAUUUGGUUCCGAGUGGCACACCUAUUCGUGGUACGAACGCUGCGGUUCGCGCGUCGCCGCGAAAUUUGCUCGCGAGAUGCUGCCUAUGAGCUCACACGAGGCCAAGAAGUUUGGCCUGGUGGACCACGUGAUGGACAAUGAGCGAAUGGACGCGCAAGAGAUGCUUACGUCUAUCAAGCAGCUCGUCAGCCAAGUCAUGGAUGCCGACGUUCUCGAAGCAGCCACCGCUGGCUCGGGCAUCGUCGCGUCGGGCGCACCCUGGACACGAUCGCUGCGAACUGCAUCUGCUGAUGCAGCCAAGUCGACUCUGCUCUCGGAACAGGUGCUUGUUAACAAGAGUCGCUACCUCGCCUACCUGUUUGCCGAAGAUGCUCGCAGCAGUACCGACGAUAGAAGGCUGCUGACCCUGGACGAGCAUUUCCAGCGUUACCGAACGCACGAGCUCGAUCAGAUGACACUCGACUUUUUUCAUCCUCAUCGCAACCAGAGAUUUGCGAGCCGCUGCACGGGAUUCGUACGAAAGCUCGUGCCCACCUCGACACCCAUGCGAUUUGCUCUCCAUCGUAGAUUCGCAGGUGGCGACUGGUGGUCUGCAGCAGAGGCUCCUAUCUCGUCCGACUACCUCGACGAAGAGGAGAAGGAUGAGUUUGACGGUCUCGCCGACUUGCCCGCUUCUUCUGCCGUCGCUCGCUUGGCUUUGACGCGUCCCGAAUUCGUCGUGCACAAGUCUGCACCAUCGAGGAUCACCCGCGCCUACAGUGUGGGUCAAGAUACGCUCGCUUCUGGUGUCAGCGCAGAUGGAGAGGCUCAAGCACCUCUCGGGCUGGAUAGCCAACGCACUUCAACAUCGACUGCGCCCACGACUCCACGCGAAGAUAGCCCCAAACCGGUGCUCUCGCUGGGCGACGAGGAAGCGCAGCGUGUUGAGAUCGAGGCGGAACAGCUGCAGGUAGAACGUGUUGCAUCCAACGCUGGUCUUCUCGGCAACAACGCGGCUGUCAAGCGUGGUCCGACGGUGAUCUCGUUCGUUUCAGCCAACAAGGAGGAAGGUGCUGGCGCUAAAGCCGGUACUGUUGUCAAGGGUCGUGAUGACAGUGUUUGUCCUACAGCUGUCAAGUUCUCGCCUACGGCGGUGCCUAUCAAAGAGGUUGGCGAUCCGAACAAGAGAUCUCAGAACAAGAUCCAGCGCUUCUUUCUCUCUCUAAGUCGCAAAAGCCGCAGCAACUUGCAUGCCGAAUCUCAGAAGUCGGCGACUCCCUCGGUAGCAGCUUUCAGCCCCGCAGAGGCACCCGUCACGCCCACGUCAUCCACUGCAACUUCAUCCCGUAACAACGGAUCGACUCGUCAACGACGUCGAUCUUCGAUUUCCGACGUGUUUUCCAUCCUCCAAAACUCGAAUCGUCCCGUGAAUUUGUCCAGCCAGUCUAACAGUCACGAUUCCAACGCUUCAGGCGCUACUCCUGCUUCGCCCAAAGCAGAACGACGUCGAUCUUGGAGACCUUCGUCUUCUUCUGGUCAAUCCUUGUCGGAUUCGAACAAAUCGUUGCCACCUACACCGGUUGUCAAGCCCAACGGUGGAUUCCAACCCAACAUCACGGCUACACCCAAGAUUGUCGAAGAGACGUUUGUCAAGGCGAUCCCAGCAGACAAGGUGGCUGUGACGCCAGAGGCAAACGCGGACACCAACUGUCUGUGGAGCUGCUACUACUCGGAAGACGGAGUGCAACACCAGCGUGCUCGCCCCAUCUAUCCUGAAGUCUCGGCCGUAUAA